UCUCCUGUCAUCAUCGCAAACAAAGACAGCCUUCAGGGUAGUUGGCGCAGUGGUUUCAGAGGGCUUUAAAGUACUUGAGGAUCCACAGAACAACUGGGAUUGAGAUCAACAUAUGUAGAGUGGACUUUACAAACAUCUGCGGUCUUAAUUUACCUCUUUUAAAAUGCAAACCUUCACGAAUGGCUUUGUUCCCUCGUGUGGAUUUAUGCCCUGCUGUCAGUGGUAAUACCAAGACGUUUCUCUGUCUCAGUUUGUCCUCCAAAGGAAGCCUCCAGGAGACUACAGGAUGAAAUGGACAGUCUUGCUGUUAGAAUACUUCUUGGUCAAAGUUGUGGUGCUGUUGUGCAGCGCGGUCGGGGAAGCGCAGCAGCAGCAGCUCGAGGGCUUUAUAAUGCUCUCAGGAUCCAAUGGGUCCCGGAAUGAGGAGAGCGUUUCUGAACCUCCACAUACUGAGGACAAAUGUCGGGGUUACUAUGAUGUCAUGGGACAGUGGGACCCGCCGUUCGUUUGCCACACUGGCAAUUAUUUAUACUGUUGCGGCACUUGUGGCUUCAGAUUUUGCUGCGCUUAUAAAAACUCUCGUUUGGACCAGAGCACUUGCAAAAAUUACGAUACACCAGUAUGGCUAACAGGACAGCCACCCUAUAAGAAAACCCUAGACCCUAGACACGAUCCAACUAAGGAUAAAACAAACUUGAUUGUGUAUAUAAUAUGUGGAGUAGUGGCAAUCAUGGCACUGGUCGGGAUAUUUACCAAACUUGGACUAGAAAAGGCUCACAGACCUCACAGAGAAAGCAUGUCUCGAGCUGUUGCGAGCGUCAUGCAAGGUGCCCGUCAGGGUCAGCAUGAGGAGGCCAUCGGAAUGCACACACAGCAUUAUGACACUGUGCAGGCGAGAGCAAACAACAUGCAAGGCGGCCAGAUAAACAACAUGAUGCAAACGCACCCUUAUCCAGCCCUCAGCCAGCUGUCCCAUGUCUAUGAGCAACAGCAAUCGGCAAAAGCGUUCAACAAAUACGCCUCACUGAAGGCUGUGGCGGCCAAAGCCAACGGUGAUUUCCUCAACAAGCAACACCGCCACUUGGUCGAGUUGGCGGCAAAGGGAAGCCUGCCACUUCAUCCAGUCAGAAUGGAGCACGUGGAGCCCACAGCUUCUUACGUCACAGAGGUCCCGUGCCUCAAGCAAAAUGGACAGAAGCCCAGGAGCAUUAAACCCAAUGUGGCCCAUCCUGCAAUGGCCUACAGCUCCAAUACCAUUGCAAACCCUGGUAUGUUGAGGAGCUGGGAGGCUGCAGAGACUGCGGGCCGACGCAAAACCUACGGCCCUAGGAGGAUGUGCACGGUGGAGCAGGUUAAUGAGCUACACACUGCCCGCAGUCAUCAUUACCUUCCCACGCAACCCUACUUUGUAACCAACAGUAAGACAGAGGUGACUGUGUAAGAGGCUGAACACGCUUCGAAGCAAGCGGCAGAGAGCCAAAAGUGAUUAUCGCCAUGAAAGGACUCUCCUCACUCUGCCCCUAGUGGAUUGGAGGCACAACAGGGGUGAGCAUGUCAUGUCAGCUGACAGUCAGGCCAGGAAUACUUGGAACCGUUCACCACUAUUUAUAUCCACUGUAACAAUGAUGUGUUUGUGUUCAGUCAAUGAAAAGGGAAAAGGAAACUGAUGUAAGAAUGUCACACGAAAAGUUUAAGAUCAAUAGCAAUAAGAUCUAAUAAACGUGUACGAAAGAGACGGCUAUGGAGAGAUGAGACAUUACAGAAAUUAAACAAACUGCAUUAUUGAUCCCAGAUAUUAAAGGGCUGGCGUGGAGUAUGAAACAUAGGGUGAUGCUCUUAUUUGAAAUAAUAUACAGAAUUUUUUUCUGAUGCUAUAUAUUGAUUUGAUGAGGACACUUGAUGAGGAAAGUCUGUGCCUUUCAUUUUGUCAUUAUAAAGCACCUCGGUCAAGCAACAAAACAACUGAUGCUUAAAAUAUGGAGUAUUAGCAGCCGUGGUCACAUGUACUGAAAUAUUUCAUGCGAAGGUAGCAUUGCCAUGCCAUGAGCAACACUGUUAAAGAACAUGGAAGCUUGGGCACAACUUGUGUCUUUGGAAAUAUAUGUUUGGUCUCUUUUUGCGUACAUUCGGCAUUACUUUUUUACGUGUACUCUCAAAUGCAUAUGAGCAUGUUGAAAUAUUUGUCAAAAUGUCAUCAGUAGGUGUAUCUGCUGCCACAUGUACUGUAAGGUUUUUUGCACUUUUACAAAUGUGUUGUGCGGAAGGUACAUUUUCUUUCUUUCUUUCUUUCUUUAACCCCCCCCCCCCCCCCC